GAAGACUGCUAGCUUAUCUCCUCAUGCCUAUAUCAUUUUAAUUAUAUUCCUCGAGGCGCUGUUCACCUCUAAAUGGUUUAAUUGGCAAAACGUAUUUCUGAGAGCACAUCUACUGUGUAGUGGAAGUGAAUCGAAGGCGCUCCUCACACACUCCAGGGUUUCCUCGCCUUCAUCCCCCCCUCCCCUUUUUUCUUUCUCCAGGCGGCAGUGUGAUUUCUGGCCGUGCGCGGCGCUGCACAUCUCCUGCUCCUCUCUCUCACUCGCACACGGGCACAGGAGUGUGAGAGACAGCCAUGGAGAGGUGGAGAAGCGACUGUUUUCUUUGUUAUUUUUAAACUCCGAGAUCCGCAUCGAUGACACGAUUCGCAUCUCGCCGCAUACAACGCUAUUCCCGAUGCGCUCGAAAGCGGAAAGUAGGUUCUCACAGGAGGAAUUCUUUCGCAGUGGCAUUAAUAGAAGCCUGGAUAUAAACUUUCUGCCUUGUGGGCUGUACUGGGACAGGGUGCAGGAACACUGUGAGCAUGAGCGUAAACGAGACGGCCUGUUAUCUGCCCGACGUGGGCGGCAGCUUCACUGAGGAUGCCCCCAGACCCCCGGUCCCUGGGGAGGAGGGUGAUCUGGUUUCCAGAGAUGGACGGCAAUACAGCCACAGUUUUUACUCGUCUAAGAGCGAGAGCCUCAAGAACGAGACCUCCAUAGCUACGCCCAGAAGACCCGACCUGGAUCUGGGCUAUGAGCCUGAGGGUAGCGCUUCCCCGACACCACCCUACCUGAAGUGGGCAGAGUCUUUGCACUCGCUUUUAGAUGACCAAGAUGGCAUCCACUUGUUCAGGACUUUCCUCAAACAGGAGGACUGCGCCGACAUGCUGGACUUCUGGUUCGCCUGCAGCGGCUUCCGCAAGCAGGAGGCCAACGAAGGCAACGAGAAGAUGCUGAAACUCGCGAAAGCCAUUUACAAAAAAUACAUCUUGGAUAACAACGGAAUUGUGUCCAGGCAGAUCAAACCGGCCACCAAGAGCUUCAUCAAGGACUGCGUGAUGAAGCUUCACAUCGAUCCUGCCAUGUUUGACCAGGCGCAAACUGAAAUUCAGACUAUGAUGGAAGAAAACAGCUACCCUUUGUUUUUAAAGUCCGACAUAUACUUGGAAUACACCAGGACGGGCGGAGAGAGUCCCAAACUAUUCAGCGACCAGAACUCGGUGUCAGGCAACGGCAAAGCACUGCCGGGCUACUUGCCAACUCUGAACGAAGACGAGGAAUGGCGGUGCGAACAGGAGCAGAACCACGAAAGCGACCCCACUCCCAGCAACAGGCUGACCCAGAAGCUGCUCAUGGAAACCGUGCCUCAGCGGGUGGCCAGCACUAAAAGAUAUCAGGACAACCGUGAAUACAGACACAUGUCAUGGAGGGAGCCCAUCAACCCGUACUACGUGAACACCGGCUACGCGCUGGCUCCCGCCACCAGUGCCAACGACAGCGAGCAGCAGAGCAUGUCCAGUGAUGCAGACACUCUCUCCCUGACCGACAGCAGUGUAGAUGGAGUCCCACCUUACAGAUAUCGUAAGCCGCAUCGACAUGAGAUACACGAAAGUGCCAAAGUUAAUGGGCGAGUGCCUCUACCUCAUAUUCCUCGCACAAACCGGAUGCCAAAGGAUAUUCACGUUGAGCCAGAGAAGUUUGCAGCGGAGCUCAUCAGCAGGCUGGAGGGGGUGCUGAGGGAACGUGAGGCGCAAGAAAAACUGGAAGAGCGGCUCAAGAGGGUUCGACUGGAAGAGGAAGGUGAUGAUGCAGACAUCUCAACCGCUCCCUCCCUGGCCAAUCACAGGGUUCCUCCUGCGGUCCAUGUGCAGCAUUAUGGCGGUCGCUACUCUGAAAUGAGCUACAAUGGGCUGCAGCUACGGGACGCACAUGAGGAAAACCCCGAGAGCAUCCUGGAUGAGCAUGUGCAGCGUGUCAUGAAAACCCCCGGUUGUCAAUCUCCGGGCACAGGCCGCCACUCUCCGAAGUCCCGCUCCCCUGACGGGCUUCCCGCGGGCAAGAUUUCCGGGGUGAUGAUGCCGCUGUCUGGUGGCCAAGGCAAGCACCAGGCUCGGCUAGGCCCAAAGGGUGAGGCAGCACACAUGCACCAUCACAAACACAUUCACCACACACACUAUGGGGGGAAACCCAAAGAACAGGUGGAGGUGGAAGCCACGAGGACGCACGGAGGAUUCGCCUGGAACAUGGAGCAACACCACUAUGGAUCCAAGACACGCAACUUUGCAGAUGGAAUGAGUGUCGGCCCCAAUGCCAUGGACCCAAUGGGUUAUGGCAGUAAAGGAAGCACACUGUCAAAGCGUCCGGUCAGAAAAGGAGAUGAUGGUCGAAACUUUGAGAUGCGAGAGCCCUUGCCCCUUGAUGAUAUGGAGAGGAACCAGAAGAUACUGCAGUGGAUGAUGGAGGGGGAGAAGGAAGCUGGACGCUAUAAGAGGAGCCCUUAUGGGAGCAUCUCUGGCUCCAAGAAGGCUCAGGGUCACGAGGUGUCGAGGCCCUGCUCGGUGGAGCGACCAGGGGCUGUGCACCCUUGGGUUACCGCUCAGCUCCGCAACAAUGUGCAACCUUCCCAUCCCUUCAUCCAAGAUCCAACCAUGCCCCCCAACCCAGCCCCAAACCCACUUACCCAGCUGGAAGAGGCGCGCAGGCGGCUUGAGGAAGAGAGGAGGAAGUCUGGAACAUUGCAAGCUAAGCAGAGGCAUAAGAACAUGAAGAAGCAACCCUGUGAGAACAUCAUUGUGGCCUAUUACUUCUGUGGAGAGCCCAUCCCGUACAGGACAUCCGUCAAAGGAAGGAUCGUCACAUUCACUGCAUUAUGCAUUGAUGUCAAAGGAGAACCGCUUCGAGCGGAUGUCCUAUACGACGAUGCCUUCACAUUGCGGUGUGAGAUCCGCAGCAGUGCUGUGAUGCCUGUUAAGGAGCAGGGGAAUGUGAGACUUGUGGAAGAGGACACGACGUUCUGGUCGUCCUGGGGUCCAUCAUCUGUCUAG